UUAAGAAAUGUCACUAAUCAGCUGUCAGAAAACUUGGAUGCCAUCGUGCUGAAACGUUAUCGAGACUUACAAGCUCUGUUCAUUCCCAUGCUUUACAAUGGUUGUAUUUGGAGGUGGCAAUGAAGGAAUUGUUGACGAACUUCAUGUUUAUAAUACAGCUACAAACCAAUGGUUCAUUCCUACUGUGAAGGGGGACAUUCCCCCAGGGUGUGCAGCCUAUGGAAUUGUUGUAGACAAUACAAGAAUACUCAUAUUUGGAGGAAUGGUGGAAUACGGUAAAUACUCGAAUGAGCUCUACGAAUUGCAGGCAAGUCGAUGGGAAUGGAAAAGGUUGAAGCCCAAACCACCACGUCAUGGACCACCUCCUUGUCCAAGACUUGGCCACAGUUUCACUCUCAUUGGAAACAAAGUUUAUCUAUUUGGAGGCUUGGCAAAUGAUAGUGACGACCCUAAAAAUAAUAUACCUCGCUACUUGAAUGACUUGUACACUUUGGAUUUGAAGUCAAACAACUCAACUGCUUGGGAAUUGCCUCAAACGUACGGCACUUCACCCUCGCCAAGGGAAUCGCACACAGCUUGUGCUUAUACAGAUAGCAAAGGUGUAUCGAAACUUGUUAUCUUUGGAGGAAUGAGCGGCUGCAGACUUGGUGAUCUGUGGAUACUUGACAUUGAAACAAUGGCAUGGAACAGACCCACAGUAUUCGGCAAGACACCUCUGCCACGCUCCCUGCACACAGCAACUGUCAUUGGCAGUAAGAUGUAUGUUUUUGGAGGAUGGGUUCCUCUGGUCCUAGAUGAUGUUAAAGUUGCAACACAUGAAAAAGAAUGGAAGUGCACCAACCAAUUGGCUAGCUUGAAUCUUGAGUCAAUGUGGUGGGAGGAGCUUAUUAUAGAAACUGAAGAAGAAAAUAUUCCUCGUGCUCGGGCUGGACACUGUGCAGUAGGAGUGCAUUGUCGUGUCUACGUGUGGUCGGGCAGAGAUGGCUACAGGAAGGCUUGGAACAACCAGGUCUGCUGCAAAGAUCUGUGGUACUUGGAAGUUGAGAAGCCGACAGUCACCGGCAGAGUGCAGCUGGUGCGUGCUUCAACCAAUUCUCUGGAAGUGUGUUGGUCUGGAGUGCCCACUGCUGAGUCAUAUAUCUUGCAAAUCCAGAAGUAUGACAUGCCACCAACUCUGAACGUCCCCCCGAUUUUGCCUACUCCGGUGCCGUCCACCACUGCACCAAUUCCUGCUGCUAUUGCGGAUGCAACACCUCCCCCCACUCCUGCUAUAUCUCGGCAGCGCCUAUUCGGAGGGGGAGCUGCACCUCCAUCCCCUCCAACAGCUGCACCUGAUCCAGCUCCAGCAUCACUCACCCCUCCUGUGCAAGCGCAGCCCACUCCAAUUGACACAGACCAAUCAGAUGAGAGCGUGAAAGCUGUUGCAACCACCACCGCCAACACUACUACUACAACUACUUUCAUAGCAGCAGGUGAAUCCAACAUUGCUGCAGCUCAAAGCCAAAUUGCCACUGCCAGUGGCAUGACCGGUAUUGAUGCUUUAGCUGCUGCUGCUUCUGGUAAAUUGAAAAUUGGUACAACUCCUUCAACAGUGACUCCCAAAUCCCCCAUCAACCAACCUAUCAAAAUCAUUCAGUCCCAACCACAGCAAACCACACAAACAGUUCAGCUAGCUCCGUCUGCAACAACCAUGUUGAAAGCAGCACCCCCUCAGGCUGGAAAACAGAUCAUUGUUCAAAAGCCUGGCUCUCCACAAGUUGUGACACUUGUUAAGACAAGCCAAGGAAUGACUGUUACUACUGUGCCAAAAACCAGUCUUAUUCAAGCCAAAUCUGGCCAACCUAUACAAUCUGGAAGCAAGGGUAUACCACAAGGUGCCACCAUUGUUAAAUUGGUUAGUUCACCAGGAGGGCAAGGUGGUCAAAAAAUGAUUACUACUAUGAAAAGUGUGCCAUCGAAUGUUGUAACACUUAAUAAAUCAGCAAUUACUACCUCUCCCGGUGGCAAACAACAAACAAUUAUGAUAACCAAACCUGGAGUUGGUAGACAGAAUCAACAAAUCAUUGUAGUGACUACUGCAUCUGGACUUCGUACUGUACAAGCUCUGACCACGUCACAAGCAUCCACUCAAGGUGGUCAAACAUCGACUGUAGCAAGCAGUGGUGGCACCACUGUGCAGUCACCUGGCACUGGAUCCCCAUCGGGCAUGCGCAUGGUGAUGGUGUCCUCAGCAGGCGGCGGCUCAGCAUCCUCCAUAGGCAAACCAAUCACCAUCAUGGUUCCUGGCAGUGGAGGCAUGCCUAAGACUGUCACCAUAACUGGAAAGCCCACUGGUGGAACAUCCCAAACACAGGCUAUCACCAUCGGUGGAAAACCAGUUACUGUUCAGAUGAUGACUGGACCAAAAAGUGUAACAUUGAUGCCUCAGAAUCAAUCAAGCACUUCAGGUAACACAUAUCUGUCAUCAUUAGGUAAGGUUUUGAACACAUCUGGAUUGGAAGGCUCCUCCAAGAUUGUUAUGGUGAAUCAAGGUGCAUUAAACACGCAAGUGAAAAAUGAGAAUUCGGUGGACAAUGCAUCAGAAUUGCAAGGUCAGAUUGAUGGUGAAUCAGGAAUGAAAAUGGAAAAGGAAGAAGAUGACAAUGAAGGAGGAGCAGCUCAGGGAAGAGAUGUCAACAAGCAAGGAGGAGGAGAUGAUCUCAGUAACACACAUACUCAACCACCAGCCGAGCCCAGCUCAGCUGCAAUCCCUGAAAGGAAACCAGAAGACUUGAAUAAACCUAUCAGAAUCGAACAGGCAGUAGCAAAGAAAAUCAGUUUACAACAACAUCCGGGUGCUCCUUCCGCCAUCAAAAUCUCCAAAUUAGCCGAUGGAGCUCAUCUUUCAUGGGAGCCUCCCGCCAUUACUGGUGGCAAAAUAGUGGAAUACUCGGUCUGCCUUGCAGUGAAAAAUGCGACAACCACCACUAACGGAGAUACAAAGACAGUUUCAAGUACAGCAACUCAACUGGCGUUUGUGCGCGUAUACAGUGGUCCCCAAAACCAAGCUGUUGUUCCAAACUCAUCGCUGUCAGCAGCUUAUGUCGAUGCCACUCAGAAACCAGCAAUCAUUUUUCGGAUAGCAGCUAAGAACGAAAGAGGCUACGGGCCAGCCACUCAAGUUAGGUGGCUCCAAGAUGUGGUGGCGUCUGCUAGCGGAGUGACUAAGCCUAUAAAACGUGAAGCAUCAGCCGCCGGCACUCCGGUCGACAUCAAGAGGCCAAAGUCGACGAAUAGCAUUAGGCCUACUCAGUUUUUAUAUGGAGACAUUAUCCAACACCAACAUACAUGAAACUUAUAUUAAUUGACUGCAUUCCAAUGCAAUGAAUUUAUUUAAUAAUGCAUUUCUAAUAUAGAAUACAUUUUCAUAUGUAAAUAGAUGAGAACUCUUCAUUAUUAAAUAAUAAUAUAUCUCCUAAU